GAUUGUCGAAGACAAGGAAAACAAAAAAAAUUUAAAAAAUAAAAAACAACCAAAAAUAAAAGAAAAAGAAAAAAAAAAAAUAAAGGCUUUGUUCACUUCUGUCCACCGUCUCCUCCAAUUGCCGGACCCUAAACCGCACGGCGAAGAGAAAGCAGCAGCGGUUGCCCGCCACUACCAUCAGAAUCUGUACCUGACAGGAGUUCUUUUUGCUGCCUUUUUUUUUUUUUUUGUGGUGGCACUGUUGGAAAUGUACACUUGACAACCACUUCUAUUCCACAUUGCGCUGGAUGGGAAAAAUUCUUUGAAUCAUGUGACCCUGAUUUGUCCAGGUUUGAUGUGGAUUAAAUGGCUAAUCAUUCUUUAAUUGUAUCCAAUGCUCCUCAUGAUAUAAUAGAGCAUCCGUUGGUCAUUGGUCAAGAAUUUGCUGAUGUGGAAACUUGUCGAAGAACGUUGAAAGAUAUUGCUAUAGCACUGCAUUUUGAUCUUCGAAUAGUUAAAUCAGAUCGCAGUCGGUUUAUAGCCAAGUGUAAUAAAGAAGGUUGUCCAUGGCGUGUCCAUGUUGCCAAAUGUCCUGGAGUUCCAACCUUCACAAUUAGAACCCUUCAUGGAGAGCAUACCUGUGAAGGAGUUCACAACCAUCAUCAUCAGCAAGCAUCAGUAGGUUGGGUUGCUAGAUCUGUAGAAGCACGCAUUCGAGAUAAUCCACAAUACAAGCCAAAAGAAAUCCUGCAAGAUAUCCGUGAUCAGCAUGGAGUUGCUGUUUCCUAUAUGCAAGCUUGGCGUGGGAAGGAGCGUAGCAUGGCUGCCCUUCAUGGAACUUUUGAAGAAGGGUAUCGCCUUCUUCCUGCAUACUGCGAGCAAGUAAGGAAAACCAACCCGGGAAGCAUUGCAACAGUUGUUGCCACUGGACAAGAAAAUUGCUUCCAGCGCCUCUUUAUUUCUUAUCGUGCAUCAAUCUAUGGGUUUAUAAAUGCUUGUAGGCCACUAUUAGAACUUGACAGAGCACAUCUUAAAGGGAAGUACUUGGGUACAUUACUUUGCGCAGCAGCCAUUGAUGCUGAUGAUGCAUUGUUUCCAUUGGCUAUUGCUAUUGUUGACGUGGAAAGUGAUGAAAGUUGGAUGUGGUUCAUGUCAGAAUUGCGAAAGCUGCUUGGAGUAAAUACUGACAAUAUGCCUAGACUCACAAUAUUAUCCGAAAGACAAAGAGGCAUUGUCGAAGCAGUGGAAACUCAUUUUCCAAGUGCUUGUCAUGGUUUUUGUCUGCGGUACGUUAGUGAAAAUUUCCGUGAUACAUUUAAAAACACAAAAUUGGUGAAUAUCUUCUGGAAUGCAGUUUAUGCACUCACGGCAGUCGAAUUUGAGAGCAAGAUUGCUGAGAUGGUAGAAGUUUCACAGGAUGUGAUACCAUGGUUUCAACACUUCCCUCCCCAACUCUGGGCUGUAGCAUAUUUUGAGGGUGUGCGAUAUGGCCAUUUUACACUGGGGGUCACAGAGUUGUUGUAUAAUUGGGCCCUUGAAUGUCAUGAGCUCCCUAUUGUGCGAAUGAUGGAGCAUAUUCGCCAUCUGUUGACAUCUUGGUUUAAUGAUCGCCGAGAUAUGGGCAUGAGAUUGACCUCUAUUCUUGUACCAUCUGCUGAGAAGCGGGUUUUAGAGGCUAUUGCAGAUGCUCGAUGCUAUCAAGUACUUCGUGCAAAUGAAGUUGAAUUUGAGAUUGUGUCAACUGAGCGAACAAAUAUUGUGGAUAUACGUAGUCGUAUUUGCUCAUGUCGACGUUGGCAGCUGUAUGGUUUACCUUGUGCACAUGCUGCUGCUGCUCUUAUUUCUUGUGGGCAAAAUGCCCAUCUAUUUGCAGAGCCUUGUUUCACAGUAGCAAGUUACCGUGAGACCUAUUCACAGAUUGUAAAUCCUAUUCCAGAUAAAAGCCAAUGGAGAGAAGCAGGUGAGGGAGCAGAGGGUGGAGGUGCCAAGGGUGAUAUCACAAUACGGCCACCGAAGAUUCGCCGGCCUCCAGGAAGGCCCAAAAAAAAGGUUCUUCGUGUAGAGAACUUUAAGCGGCCAAAGAGAGUUGUUCAAUGUGGUCGCUGCCAUAUGUUAGGACAUUCGCAAAAGAAAUGCACAAUGCCAAUUUGACCCGAGUUAGCCUGUUUAAAAUAUUUUGUUUUUGUUUUUCUAAUUGUUCUCAAUUGCAAUAGAAUCAAUGGUGUGCAUGUAAUAUCAAUGUAUAUUUGACUAUGUAGUUGCCAAAAUGAGGAUGCUGUCCUUUUUUUUUGGCGUUGUUUCGUCUGAA